CCUUAAUCUCUCAGGCACCAUCUAUAAAUUUCGCUGUUAUUAAUAUCAAGUUCAUUGCUGUAAAAAGUUCGCGCGGCAAACUCGCCAUCAGAGGAACUCAGAAACGUCGGCCAUUAGAUUAUGUAACGUUAACUUUAACGUUACAUCUGUCAGGAUAACACGAAUGUUAGUCCAAUUAACUAAUUUUAGCCUAAAUGCCCAGAUUGCUUAAUGAAGAAACAUGAAAGAUGUGUUGGAGAUCGAUCUGGGUUCGGCCUGGUGUCUGUCGAGCAUUUUGAAACUAUUUCAUUUGAUAUUUCGGCUGACUUUGGGUUGUAUUUUUAUGGAAUAAGUAACGAAACGUGUGGCCUUACUUCAAAUCUAAGAUGUAUCAGGGCGUUCAGUUACCCCUGUGCCUCAUAUGUGGAUUAUAUUCAAAGGAUAUCCAGAAGCACCGUCAGGGAUUCCCGUCCUCUCUGAAGUUGUCUAACGGUUAUAUUUUACCCGAGGGCAAGAUGACGCCCAACACACUGUUCGUCGGCGGGAUUGACAUGAAGGUGGAUGAGAACGAGAUCAGCGAGUUCUUUGCCAAGUACGGGUCUGUAAAAGAAGUGAAAAUCAUCACUUAUCGAGGAGGAAUAUGCAAAGGGUACGGUUUUGUGUAUUUCAGUGAGGACGUUGAUAUCCAGACUAUCGUUGAUCAGCCGAUCAGUUUUAAAGGGAAAAAACUCAAACUGGGACCUGCCAUCAUGAAAGAGCGAAAUUCUCGUUCCAUGUCAUCUCCAAUGAUUGGUCCAUCACAGUGGAUAAGCCCUAGCCCGUAUGUGUACUGCAGCUGUUGUCCGUCAGGCCUGGCCCCGCCCUCACCUGUCUUCAGUGGAGGGAAUCAGUACAUGCAGCCUUACACAUACUCCAGUCCUCCAGGAUUUAUUGUCCCACAGGUGCCCAUGAACUAUGCACAGACCACAUAUGCAUACCAGUAUCCCCUGCCACAGUGGUGUGGAGAGCAGAGGACGAGGCUUGUCAAUCAGAACUAUGUGGAUUGUGGAGUCCAGACUUUGCUAACCCUUCUGUAGCCUUCAGCACUAGCACAGACUCCUUUUCUUGGGUAGAAUCCUAUAGAAGCAGAGGAGAACAACUUGAUGGAGAUCAAGCAAUGAACUUCAUUGUGCUUUCAAACACCUUUGCAGAUAGGGUCAGCCUGGGUGUGAUGUGACGCUGUAUAUUGAGGGAAAGACAUUUGUGAUCAUACUGUAACCUAAUUCCUCGCACAUCCACACACUGAAACAUUUGACAAGCUUUGAUCGCUUUGGGUUAUUCCACCCCUUUUUUUUGUAUUGUCUGUGUUUUUCUUUCUUUGUCAUGGCCAACUAACAUUUAAAGACACUUUUAAGCUCACAAAUACAUAUUUAUAUUUUACGUUUGCUUAUUUUAAAGUUUGACUCACUGUUGGUGAUGCACUGUAUGCAUAUAGGAAACUGUUCUGACUGUUCAGUCUGUUGUUUUAAACCAAUGUUUGUUUGUUUGUUUACUUAGGCUGGCGAGUGUUCACUGUUAAGUUGGUUUUAUUUUGGGGUUUUCACAUUCAGGGCACAUGUUUGGUUAUUGAGCACCAGGGUACAGUGGCUUCCCUCACCCUUUUUUACGCUAAAUCUACUUUCAUCGGUCACUAUCACUGUACUUCCAUUACUUCAUUAAUGCUUAUUUUUCUUUGUUGGUGCAGUUAAGAGGUGUAAAUAAGAUCAUUGCAUUAAUUCUAAAAUGACAAUAAAAUUUUACUGAGCCCUGUAAGUCACAGCAGGUCACAGGAUGCUUGACUUGUUUAAAAUUAUAGCGAUGAUGGAAUAUUGAUAUCACUGUGAACACAGUCAUGCUGCAUUUUUCUAUUUUUCCCAGCACUUUUUCACACCAGUUCAUUGAGUUUUGUUUUAUAGGUUUGCAAAGUUAUGGGUAUUGUUGUACUGAACACAAAGCACUCUCAUUUUAUCCAGUGUUGCAACACUGUUCUUAGAGGUUUGUUUCUUGUGGGGGGGGGGGCUUUGGUUUAUUAGCUGUAGCUUAUUCAUCAGAUACUUUUAAAAACCAGCUCUGACUGACUUGUAUUGAAAUUUCUCAGUUAUAUUUACUCAUUUCCCAUGGCUUCAUGGGAGUUGUGGUCUGUAUUGUACCAUAGUCUGAGAGCUUCUAAUCACUGUACUCCUGGUUUGGAUUUUGAAGUUGGCAUUGUAUGGUUUUGCUGUUUUUGUUAUUAAUAAAAAAUAAAGUUGAAUUAACUUAC